AUGGAAACCGACGGCGAGAGUGCGUCCGUGGUGGCACUGGCGGGCAGCAUCCAGGAACCGGAGAUGGACGACGGUGCGGUGCAAGUCAUCGAGCCCAGUGACAAGACCAAGUUCAGGCUGACUUUGGAGCCCAUCAUGAUGCUGUUGCUCCUGGGAGUGAAUGUCAGCAUGAUGGUGCAGACUAACCUAAUCGAAGAACGUGUAUGCCUCCAUAGUGAUCUCGGAAAAAAUAAAUCUGUGGAUUGUUACAAUAUGACUGCUGCAGAACAAGAAAUAGUUCAGCCGGCUGUGGCAGAUUUGCAGAUGAUUAAAAAUCUAAUCGAAACAUUGGUGCCUUGUGUAACAGCAUUGUUUUUAGGUCCAUGGAGUGAUAUAAACGGUCGUUUGCCAUUGUUUUUAGCAGCUAUCUCAGGUAUGGUAGUCUCUAACUGUAUGUACUGUGUGUUUUCUACAAUGCCUAGUCUACCUCCAAUAAUGUUUUUGCUGUGCAGCAUACCUGUUGCCGUAAGUGGUGGUGGUGGUGCACUGUUUAUAGCUUCAUUUUGUUAUAUUGUUGACAUUACUGAUUUCAAAACCAGAGCUUUCAGAUUAGGAGUAUUGCAAACAUUUAUAUCUUUUGGCUCAAUUAUUGGAUCAUUACUAAGUCCUAUGUUGUAUAGCAAAUCGCCUACUUAUGCUUUUGCCUUAAGUGCAAUGUUCACAAUAGCUGGCCUUCUUUACACAUCUCUUUUCCUCAAAGAAACUGUUGUCAUAAAAAAAGGUAUAAAUACAAAACUUUUCAACCUUGAUCUAGUAAAAAGUAUGUGGGAAACCGUUAUGAAAAAGCGAUUUGGAUUUUUGAGAUGCAUAAUAAUUCUGUCUGCUGUGGUAUUAACUUUUAAUUUAGCUAUUGUAUUAGGUGAAGAUUCGUUGAUGUAUAUGUACUUACAAAAACAAUUUUCAUGGACUUUAGAAAAUUAUACUUUGUUUAAUGCUUAUGCAACUUUAUUAAGUGCUAGUAUUCCUGCAAUCGGGUUGUAUGUGUUGAGCACUAAACUUGAAAUACCAGACAUGUAUCUUGCUACUGCUGCUACAGGACUACGAAUUAUAGAAAAAGUUGGGUUAGCAUACUCACAAUAUACAUGGCAAUUUUAUUUGGUGAAGAUUUUUGGUUGUGUGGUAUUGACCAGUGAACCACUAGUUCGGUCUCAAUUGUCUAAGAGUUUUCCACCUGAAGAUUUAGGCAAAAUAUAUGCGUUCAUAAGCGUGAUUGAAGGUUUUGGUACAUUACUCGGUUCUCCAAUGUAUACCACAGCAUAUAAUAUGACAAUCCAUAAUUUUGCCAAUUUCAUAUUUCUCCUAUCAUCAAUAUUUGGCACAUUUGUUUUAGGUUUAUACAUAAUUAUAUUAUUCUUACUUUCAAGAAGUACCAAAACAGAAGAUUUAUUAAUUAUAAACUAA